CUUUCAAGGUCAACUACAACACCCAGAAGGUCAAGUGAUCGAUGAAUGAGUUGAUUGCUAUGUGCAUACAAGAAGAAGAGCGUCUGAAGUUGGACAAACCUGAUGUGGCUUACCUCAUGACCGCUAAUCCAAAGAAGAGGAAGGGCAAUGUCGAUAAGAAGGAUGUUUCUAAAGUCCAGAAACGUGAUGCAAGUGCUUCUUCCAGCUCUAAGAACUCUAAAGGGAAGUCUUACUGCAAGUUCUGCCGCAAGGAAGCACAUAGACAGAAAGACUGCCAAGACUUUAAGGAGUGGCUGACGAAGAAAG